AUGGAAGAUAUAAAUUUUAGACAAAUGAUGUAGGACAUUUUGUUAAUAUGGUUGAAAAGGAUAACAUUAAAGAGGCAAUAGAAGUAUUNCAAAGUUGCUUUUGAAUAAAUAGAUUCAACAAUACAUGAGAACUAAAAAGAUACUGAUAUAUUAACAGAAGAAGAGGUAUUUAUAUAUAAAUAAUAACUUAGAAAUAAGGAUUGAUUAAUUGGCAAGAGAAGUAAAUAUAAAUAAAUUAGGAGUAAGAAUUAAAUAGGUUUGGAAUUCUAUCACAAAAUUAUAAAUAUAUCACUUUUAAGAUAUGGAUUUUGUACAUUUUAGCUAAUUUGCAAAAUAUGAGUAUUUAUUUAUUAAUGCCAUUUUUAUUUGCAAACAAUAACUCAAACUUAAGUUCUAUGUUAUUUAUGUUCAUUUUGGAAUUAGUAUUUGCAUUAUUAUUAUACGUAUUUAUUGAUGAUCCUAAUAUUGGUGGUAGAAAGAUGGUAAUCGGUUAUUCAUCAUUAAUAUUGGUAUUGGCUAAUGCUAGUUUGUAUCUUUUCAGAUAACAUAUUCUGUUUUUCGGAUUACUUUUAAUAAAAUUAGCAUGCAGAGCUCUAUUUUCAACGUUAGGUCUUGUUUGCUGUGAAAGUUAUCCAUUGUAAUUAAGAUCAUAAGGAACUGCAAUAGCUUUUGGAAUUGGUAAAACAACAUCUAUUCCAUCACCAUUUUUCUUAUUUCCUUUAUUUUAUAUAGAUCCUUAUUUACCAUUUGCUUUAAUGAGUAUAUUAUCAAUUAUAAUGAUUAUAACAAAUUAUUUGAUUGGAGAUGAUAAGACAAUGAAACCAUUAGAAUCACAUAAAUAAGAUUGA